AUUCCACUGAUGAAAGCUAUGACCCUGGGACCUGUAAAACAAAUGUAUUUAAGGUUAAAAGUGACUGGCAUAAGGCACUCGAAUGCUAUGAAAAGUCUGCAGAGAUGGAUUACGUCAAAGAAGUAAUUGAAGUUGGAUGUAAAAUCGAUGAUAUUGAUGAAACGAACGAUGAAUGUGCUGAUGAAAGAUCCCG